AGUACCGCCGUGUCUACAUAUCUCGUACACAUACAACGAACACGACCGACACAGAGGAGUAGAAACUUUUCCUAAAGCCGUUUCAUAAGAAUUCAAUAAACCGUGCGGGGCUAGGAUGCCUCAGCCGACUCGCCGCUCAACGGACGAUUUUGGAGCCGAUGAUGAAGUGAAAGAAUACAGACAUGAGGACGGAGAGGAACACGAAAAUGGUGCCACUUUAGACCUAGUCAAUGACAUUAAAACCGAUCUCAUCAAGAAAGAGGCCGAACAUCAAGAGGAACCCAAAGCACCUACAGACUCAAGCAAAGCACCAAUAGCUCAAUUAUUACAAUUUCCAAACAAAUAUACCGAACAGUUAGUACCUGGACAUGGUUACCAUAGAAACCACUCAGGGGAAAGCAAACAUUUAAGGGGGCAGCAACAGUCAGUAGUCUUCCACCCUGGACAUCCUGGUUACCAUGGCAACCAGUAUCAGUAUCUCUACCAGGGGAUUAAAGCUGAAAGAUAUCAUUACGACCCUGCAUUGUGGCAACCACGAGGGGGCAUGAUUGGACAGGGCUCACCAACUUAUCAUCCGAGUUAUCCACCUCCAGUUACCGCGACAACAGCAGGAAUGGAUAGACUAUCACAUCCUACCAUGACAAACGACCAGAGGCAUUGUGGACCUGCACCUCCRCCUAACCAUGGUGUUAUAGCAAGAGCCCCGCCCUCUUGUGUAUCAGAAAAAUCAUAUUCGACAACUAUGAUGGGAGAUGUUAUGAGUCCAAUGCGAGGCCCAAAGAGUCCAGUAUCRCAUGUUAAAAARCCUUUAAAUGCGUUUAUGCUAUACAUGAAGGAUAUGCGACCAAAAGUAGUAGCAGAAUGUACAUUAAAAGAGAGCGCAGCUAUAAAUCAAAUUCUUGGAAAGAAGCAUGCACUAGAAAGGUCUGAACAGGCUAAAUAUUAUGAAAUGGCACGCAAGGAAAGAGCGCUUCACAUGCAGUUAUAUCCAGGCUGGAGUGCACGGGACAAUUAUGCGCAGCAAGGAAAGAAGAAGAAGAGAAAAAGAGACAAAUCUCAAGAAAUAACAAAUCCUAAAAAAUGUCGAGCGAGAUAUGGUUUAGAUAGACAAAACGAAUGGUGCAAGCCCUGCAGGCGGAAAAAGAAAUGUAUACGAUUUGUCGCUGGAGGGGCUGAUGGUAUUUCUGCUGCAAGYGGAGUUGCAGACACAGACAGUGAAAAUGUAGACAUUAGAGGAAGUUCAACUUCCCCACCCCCUCCCCCUACAACAACAAAUAGUACAGAAACAUAGCAAAUUAUAUAAAUUAAUUUUUUGCUGGAAAACUUAAGAAUUUACAUGAAAUAUUUGCCAAGAGAAGUCUCAUUUUGUGUAUAUUUUGACAAAAGAGUUUUCGUUUUUCGUUGAAUUGGAUACCCAUCUGUAUCAUAUCCCAUCCAACGAACUUCAUAGUGUAAUUUUUAAUUUAAUACUGUAUCAUAGACCAUACGAAAAGCUAGUAUAUUUUAGAUUUAUAGAGUUAUUAACAUAAUAAUGAUUUUUACUACCAAACAUCAAGACAUGCAUACUUUUGUUUCUCAUACAAGUUCAAUUUUAUUUCUAUUAUAAGCUCAUUAAUGGGCUGACAAAGUUAUACGUUAUGAAGGAUAAAACCUGAACCGAGCAUAGCUCUUCCCGAGUAUAGACGAACCAAGAUACAGAAAUACUAUAUUGAGCUCGUUUCAUUGAGCUAUGCAUUUUUAUAGCAUUGAAAAUAUUGUGAAUAAAAUUGAAAGCUUAUCAAGAA